CCGAGGAACAACGUGACCAAGCACAUUACGACGAAAGGUUGCGGAAAGAUUGGUCAUGGUAAAUUAAUUAAUUAAAUUAACAACACUUUCCGGAAAGAUAUUUCUGAACUUUACAAAUAACGGGAGGGACAGCCCUGGUUGCUCGAGCAACUAAAGACGGAAGUAGUAGUAUCUAUGGUAACAGGGUAAAGUGACGCGAAACGGGAGAAGAAGAAGAAGAAGAAGAAGGCUGUGUUCAGUUGACGCUGGAGCCGUUUUAUCACCCUCAAUGUCUCGAAAAGCACUGAAAGUGGUGGUUGAAUUAAAAUUCAGAGCGGUUUCUUGUCCUGGAGUUCAUCUGCCAGCCAAGGAUGAUAUCUACCUUAGCAUGUGGUUCAUGGGCCAGUACUGUCAGUCUGAGUGUCUCCCUGCUGUCUUUCCUCUGCUGUUUCAUGAGAAGAUUACCUUUGAAAAGAUUUUCCGGCACAUAGUUGACCCUGGAGACAUUGCUGUAAUGCUUGAAUAUGAGACGGUCACAAUUGAGCUGGUGCAGCUGAUUCCUCCAGUGACGGAGACUCUGGCCUGCUUUGAAGAAGAUGCUCGACGCUUCUUAUUCCCAGAGCCCAAACUGGUUCCCUGCUCCUCUGGAGUGGAUCGAGAGGUUCUGAUGACCCGAGCACCUCACUUUCGAGGAAUCGCUCCGAGGUUGGAGUUUUCCACCAAAACAACCAUCAUUGAGUGCUCAGUCGAUGCAGAGAUGAACAUUUAUCCCAAUGUACUCAUGAGGCCAGUGAUAAAGAGGAGCAGGAAACACUCCAGCAGACCCAGGAGCUCUUCUCCUCAGGGGAAACAACCUCAAACUCUUGGAAUGAGACGAGGUGGCAGGACGUGCACAGAAAGACGCAGCAGCGCCUGGUCACCUUCUUACAUUCCCAGACCCCAUUCCCUGUCCCCUCUAAGAGCUGGAAACACACAGAGGAAACACUCUACAGCUCCCGGCCCAGCAGACUGGGACACUCGCCACACCUCUCAGCCUAUGCUGGCUUCGUGGCCUGGAGCCAGUCGUACUGCCACUCGUUCUGCCUCUUCAGUGUUUAUCAACUCCUCUUCACCUUUGACCAGGUCUUCAUUCAGAGUGAGAUAUUCUCCAACUGUCAGAAGAAAAUCUUUAUCCAAUGGUUUGGUUGGAGGGAUGUCAGAAGACGACUCCAGCUCUUCAGAAAUGCAUGACCCCAUUGACAAACACCAAGUUCCUGACCCUUCAAGGCUGUGGCGGUCUUAUAGGGAACAGGCCAGGCACAGCAGGUCUCAGUCCAGCUCUCACAGAGAAUGGGAAGAGGUCCAAGAGCGUGUUCGGGGACUCCUUACAACACCAAAAGCUGUACGCCGACUUGUCUAUGGGGCCACACACUGCGAGAUAGAUGAGGUUUUAGCCAGGAGGUCCUUCUCUCCGGGUCCACCGUGAUGACCUGUCCCCAGGCUCUGGAAAAGUGACGUGGACUUGUUCUAUCUCCAUGAGUUUCACAUUUUACAUUUUAAAACGCUGCCUCAUUGAGACAAUUAAAAUGCAACAUUUUAAUAUUCAUUUGAUUCUGGUUAGAGACCUUUUCUGGGAACUAUACAAUAAGGCAAACAAUAAAAAAUAAAA